AUGCUGCCGAGAGGAGCGAUCUACCUGGUCCUGGUGACCUUGACCCUGAACGGGGGCGGCCAGUGCGACACAAGAUACUUCAUGAAUGUGAGGACGAACGCGUCCGAUCUGUUCCGAACGAGAGCGUCCGAUAUUUCGAGGUUCAUCGAGGAGCCGAUCGCAGCCACGGCGAGCUCGUUCCGUCAUCGAGCUAGAGCUGAUUUUCGGUCGAAUGAUGAGAGAAGAACGAAGGACUUCAAGGUCGAGGACGAGCCGAAGAACACGUUCGAGGCGUCCACGUUCAAUCCGGACGUUUUGAACAAGUUUCUCGAGGAGUACGCGAAUAAAAUCAAGAGCAACACCGAGAAGUAUUCGAGGUUCCCUGUCAGGAUCGUGAAGCCAGCGGAGGCUUUGGGUCUGGAGGUGGACGAUACCACGACGUCCUCGACCGCUGUCAAUUACGAUCACGGGACCAAAUUCGACGAGGAUAUGACGAACUCCAACGCGACCGAGGAAACGUUGGGCGAGGCUUUGAACGACACCCUGAAAAGAAACAAGUACUACGGGGCGAACACGUACGAGGACAGAAACGGCUGGGUGACUCUCGAGGCGAUACCUUGGUCCAAGAGUAAAAUUUCCAAAUGGCAAGCCACUCAAACCACCCAGCGUCCCAUACCGGACAUCAAACCGUGGGAGAAACCCGGUAUAGGGAAACCCUGGGCGGCCGACUACUCUGUCAGACCGAUCUACGACAACAAUAAACCGUGGUACCAAGAGAAGCCAAAACCGACUUGGCCAGAGACCAGCAACGAAAAGCCAUGGCAGAAGCCAGUCACACGACCGUCUUAUUAUUCGGACAAAAACGAGGAGAGUCAGGCGCAAAAAUGGCCACCGGAGAGGCCAUCCUGGAACAAGUACACCGAUCGUCCGAACAGCGACAUAAUCACCGACAAUCGUCCAGCGAACUUUCCCAGCAAUUGGAACAGGCCGCCACCGCAGCAGCCGACAAAGUCCACCUAUCAGUUUCUCGAUCGAUUCACCGAUAAAACACACGCGGAGGAGACCAACAACGAUUGGCACGAUUUCCCGAACCGAUACGAGGAUCGUCCGCGACCGACCACCGAAAGUCCUGGCUUCUCUCAGUACCAAUACGUGAACAAUCAUCCUCAGAGUUAUCCGGGGAACAGCGACGGUCAAUGGGUACUGUUGUCGACGAACCGUGGCUACUCGAAGUCCAGACAGAGAUCGAUCAAGAUCGACUCGCCCACGUCGGUGAACGGAACCAAGAUCGUCGGUGGGAAAGUGGAGGAACACGAUCCAGCCAUCGCUGUGAUGACCUCGAAGAGACAGGUCAGGCUGACGGUGUUGCCGUCGAUCAAUGGCACGAACACAACAACGUCCCACGGUGGUCUGUUGGAGGUGGAGAAAACGUUCAAGAGCGUGGACCAGAGCCGAAAGGAGUACGAGAUGGAGAGACAGACGUUUCCCGCGAUAUUAAAGAAGAGGCCCAUCAGAAACACGCUUAGCAAUCAGCCAUCGAAUUCCGCUGUUCUGGCGGCAGUCGGGGCAGGGAUAUUACCGGCAACAAUGGCAAUGAUGAUACCAAUGAUACUUGGCCGUCGAAGGAGGGAUCUAAAUCCUUCUGAACCGAGACCAUCACUCGACCAUCGUUAUUCAGUCGUGAAUUCUCAUGUUUCUGCGAAUAAACGGGCCUAUCGACCGGAGCUGGGACAGGGAAUGUACAUUACCGCAGGAGGCGAAAAUAUCUAA